GCGCGGUCUGCGGCGCCGGUUGUGUUGGAAACGGGCGGCGGCGGCGGGGAGCGGGCGGCGGCGGCAGAGGAUGUAGUGUCUGGAGUCUGGUCGUAUCUCAGUUCCAUCUCCACCUUGCUUUCUGUCAUUGGUUUCUUGUCCAGGAUGACCCUGCCCAUUGUGUGACCUCGACGUCUUCGGUCUUUGCCUCCCUGAAUGGUUCAGGAGACUGCGACAGCUGUGGGGAGCAGCAGCACAGGAGAGGGGAGGAGUCUGAACUCAGGAUGGAUCGAAUGACGGACGAUGCCUUGAGGCUCCACCUGCUGAAGCGAGGGCUGGACCGGGCCGAGGAGCGCGAGGAUCUGGUGGCCAAGCGGCUGAAGAUGGAAGGACACGAGGCCAUGGAGCGCCUGAAGAUGCUGGCCCUGCUGAAGAGGAAGGACCUGGGUGGGCCGGAGGUGGCCCAGGACCUGGUGGCCAAGCCUGAGCACCAGAAGGCAGGGGAGGAGAAGAUGAACGGCAGCCUGAAGCCUCGGCCUGAGCUCCGCAGCGUGACCAAAGCGGGGAAGGAGAACAUGGGGGAUGAGCCCGUCGACAUGAGCGCGCACAAGAGUGAUGUGGACAGGGAGCGCAGCACUCCAUCACCAGAUAUCAUCGUGCUGUCAGACAACGAGGCCUCCAGCCCUCGUGCCAAUGGCCGGUUCGAAGACAGGAUCAAAGUGGCAAACCUGGAGAUCUUCAAGGGCAAGGGCCCCGAGGAACGUCAGAUGAUCAUCAAGCAGCUGCGGGACGAGCUGCGGCUGGAGGAGGCCCGGCUGGUGCUGCUGAAGAAGCUCCGUCAGAGCCAGGUACAGAAGGAGAACGUGGUGCAGAAGGUCCCCGUGGUACAGAACGCCCCAUCUGCUGGCCAGUCCUCCCUGGCCCCGGGUGGUCAGCAGCUGAUGUCCAAGCCACCGUCCCGGCCCAUCUCUCAGGUAUUGGACCCUCAGAACCUGCGAGGAGCUCAGGGUCACCCGGUCAUCAGGUCGGUCCCCAACAGCACGCUGCCGCAGCUGCUCAUGUCACAGCGGGUGAUCGCACCCAGCCCGGCCCAGAUGCAGAGCAUGAGGAUCGCAAAGCCAGGUCUCAUCCACAGCCCCGUGUCCAGUCAGAACCCAACGGGCACCUACCAAAAGCAGGCGGGCUCCUCCAUCCCUUCACCGCGGACCACUCCGUCCACCAUGUACAUGAACGUCUCCUCGCACGUGCAGUCCAGCCUGACGACGGCAGCGGUCAGCCCCGCCAUGUCCAGCGCCGGCGGCCUGAGCGACCCCGCCAGCAGCCAGGCCGCUGCCAAGCUGGCCCUGCGCAAGCAGCUGGAGAAGACGCUGCUGGAGAUCCCGCCGCCCAAGCCCUCGCCGCCGCUGCUCAACUUCCUGCCCAGCGCGGCCAACAACGAGUUCAUCUACAUGCUGGGGCUGGAGGAGGUGGUACAGAGCGUCAUCGAGAGCCAAGGGAAGGGGCGCCUCCAGCUGUCCCACAUCGAUCCCUUUGUCUGCUCUCAGUGUCGGACGGACUUCACCCCUCACUGGAAGCAGGAGAAGAACGGCAGCAUCCUGUGUGAGCAGUGUGUGACGUCCAACCAGAAGAAGGCGCUGAAGGCGGAGCACACCAACCGGCUGAAGACCGCCUUCGUCAAAGCGUUGCAGCAGGAACAGGAGAUCGAGCAGCGGAUACAGCAGCAAGCAGCGGUGGUGACGGCUUCCCCCACCUCCGUGUCAGCCGGCGUGGUGAUGAACAAGCCCGAACCGGUGAUGAGGCACCACCCCCUCCGGCAGCAGCCGCCUCAGUCGCAAUCGUCUCUCCAGCGAGGGCUCCACUCCUCCGCCCGUAGCGUGCUCUCCAACUUUGCCCAGGGCCCCCAGCUGCACGUGGCCAGCGGUCUCCUAGGCAUGCCAGGUAAGCAUGCAAUGCGGAGCGGAGCCCAGAGCCGAGGACGAAGGCCAUACUUCACAAGCUCAGGGGUCAACAUGUCGUACCUGAAUGCCGGGGUCGGAGGUCAGAAGGGGUCGACACUGGCGGACCGUCAGCGCGAGUACCUCCUGGACAUGAUUCCCCCCAGGCCCGUCAGCACGCAGAAGUGAGGGGCUGCGGCUGCAUGCAGUGCCUGUCCUGGUGCCUCGUACCCAACCCCACGCUUACGGGAGCAGCGCCGCCUCCUCCCCGAUGUCAUUGUACUUAUGUGUCUAAUGCUAACGUCACUGUAGGGACGUGGGGCCGGCUCUGCGCCCACACCUGCUCGCACAAACCCAAAAGCAAGGGCAGCACUCCGGACGUUUGCAUCUGUGUCCCCCUCCCUCCCCUCCCGCCCUGCGCCCCACCAUCCCUGGCUCGGCCCCCUCCCUCCCCACCUCUCGAGGCAGCCCUCGCAACCUGUGCCCAGAGAGGAGAGCCCUGGCAGGACGUCCUGUGGUCGGCGGAGGGGUUACACACACACCCACACACACCAGAGGGCAUCCAGUGACGUGAAGGGAUGUCAGAAGCCUUGCAGCGUUCAGGGGGACACUCCACCC